CAAAAUAUUUUUAAUAUAACAUACCAUGAUUUGCAACGGGUUUUGUUGGAAUAUUUUUUAUUUUUUAUUUAUCCUCUUCCCCUAACCUUAGUUAGUACUACCGACAUGUUCCCAAUAUAGGCUGAUCGAAGCAAGUAAAGGUGAACUAAUUAAACACCAACACAUUACAAUCUGGACCCUAAUACUAUUACCUGUAUUACAAAAUGGGUAACUCGUGUGCGUGUGGGUACGGUGCGGUGACGGUUUUUGUUGUUGUUGUUUGUUUGUUUGAAUUUUUUUUUUUUUAUUAUUAUUAUUAUUAUUAUUUCUUUAUUUUUAUUUUUUUUUGGGGUGGGGGAGUUCCUAGUUCUUUAUGGUUCUUAUCCAAUGACGUCAUCCUGAAAUGACAAUGACGUCAUCAGUGUUAAAUUUGAGUUUUGGAUGUGUGUGUCUGUGUGUGUUGUUUUUUUGUUUUUUUUUACAUUUCACACUGAUAGGCCAUCGCAGAUUUCCAGAUCUUCACCUGAAGUUAUUUUGUUCGAAAUUAGGCCUAGAAAGCAAUGGCAUCGAGUCACGUCGAUCAUAGUUUCCCAGUGGUGAAAUGGAGGAAAAAUGUGACCAAUAACCAUGAACAUCUGUGGAAGAAUAUCGACAUACCGAAGGAAUGUCCAAUUCCAGAAGGCUGUUUGAAAUCGGAUCGUCUGAAGAAAUGCAUUGCCUGUAAUAUAGUAGCUCCCAGAGACCGUGAUAUUCAAUUGGUCAAUUGCAAACCUACAUUCCAGUGGAAAGAGGGAACCCGUAUGGAACACCACUGGAUGACACUUCAAACACCGAACAAAGCCAAUUGUACUGAAUGUCUGAAGUCCUGCAAACCCGGAACCGAUAAGAGUGAAGGAGUGAUUUGUUCCUGGUGCAAGGACGUCUACCACAAGAACAUGUGCUUAACGCAGGAGAAAAAAGAUGGACAGUGCUCACUCGGCGUUCUCGCCAAUGUCAUCAUUCCUCCAUCAUGGAUAAUCAAGAAUUCAUCAGGUGACGAGCCUUCUUUCUAUAUAAAACCCAUUUAUUCGUUCAGUUCAAAGCCAGUUUUAGUUUUCCUUGACCGUGGCAGUGGAAAGUAUAAAGAUUCAGAUCUAUAUGAAGGAUUUUACUGGUUUCUCAAUCCUCGACAAGUGAUCGAUAUCGAUAAUUAUACAAAGUCAGAAUUGAGCAACUGGUUAAAACUGUACCGAAAUGUGCGUAAGUUGCGGAUUCUGGUGUGUGGUGAUGAUGAUACAGUCAACUUGGUCUUCAGAUUGCUUGAGAAAAUUAACUGGAGGCCCAAUCCUCCUGUUGCUGUUCUGCCCAUGGGCAUGUGCAACAGCGUUGCUAGAACGAUGAACUGGGAUGGGGACUACAAAUGUGAAUCAGUCUCACAAAUCUUAACUGAUGUUGAAUUUGGACUUGUUGUUAAGUAUGAUAGGUGGAAGGUGGAAUCUGUUCCGAACAAGGUGAAUCCAGAAAGGAUUUUGUCCUCAGACGCCCAAAAAUCCCUUCCAGUAGAUGAAUUCAGCAACUACUUCUCUAUUGGGGCUGACGCAAGUGCUGCCUACAGAUUUCAAAAAGAGGGCAAACAAGUAUGCAGUAAAGACCGAAAGACAUUUUAUUCAACUAAAGAAGGUCGCAAUUUCUUAAAAGAAAGUGCCAAAGAACUUGCUGAACAUGUUCAGUUUGAAUAUCAAUAUAAAGAUCUAACGAACGAAUUGAAGAAAAGCCAACCACAGUGCUUAGUAUUCAGCAACACUUCAAGCUAUUUAGGUGAAGCAUUCGCCUUCGAAAAAAACCCUUCAAGUCAAGUAACACAGAACUAUGAUGAUGGCAUUAUUGAGGCUUUUGGUUUACAAUACACAUCCAAAACCUUGGGUCAGAUCAGUAAGAAGCAAGUGAUUUAUCAGCAUGGCCAGCAAAUGAAACUGACCACAAGCAAGAAGAUGCCUGUUCUUGUGGAUGGUGAACUCUGUGUUCUGGCUCCAUCGAUCAUCACAGUUUUGUUCAAAGAUCAGUACAACAUGGUGAUGAAAAGCAGUAAAACUGACAAACCCAAGACAAAGAAACAAACUAUACAACUUUGGUGUAUUAGCAGUGAUAAAGUCAAGUCCAAGGGCCUUGAUAACAUCGAUGUGCUAGUCGACGCUGAUCCACUUGACACAAUUGUUGUACCCUGUGGGACUAAACUUAGUGAAGUACGCAAGACGAUCCUUAGUCAGCCGAUUAUAGAAAAGACGUUAGGAGUCUCCCUUGAGGACCUGGUAAAGAGGGCUCCAGAAGGCUGCCGUGUCCCCUACAUCGUCAAGUAUAUAUGCUCAUUCUUGGUGAAAUCUGGUGGACUGGAACAAGAAGGAAUGUUUCGGCUUACUGGAAAGGUGGCAAAUGUUAAAAUUAUCAUGUCAUCCUUCGAUCAGCAUGGCGACAUAGAGUUUGACAAUACCUUCACGAAUAAUGAAAUAGCAAGCACACUCAAGAAAUUUCUCCGGGAAAUGCCAGUUACUGUUAUUCCACAGAAUGAAACAGAAGCUUUCAUCUCCGUUUACGAAACAAGUAACACUGAGAACAAUGCCCGUUUGGUGGAAGAGCUGAAGAAAAUGGUUGACGAUCUGCCUCAGAUGAAUUACGAUCUACUCAAGUUCAUCAUAAAAGUCCUACUGUUGUUGGUUGCACACAUAGACACGGCGCUUAUGAGCAGCGAUGCACUGGCUGUAGUGUUUGUACCAAACGUGUUAUAUGGAUUGCAAGAGCAAACACUAGACCUAACAGUGUAUGACUCCAUAGAAAUCAAGCGUUCGCUUUUUGCAAUAUUCAUUGACGAGUAUGAUAAGAUAUUCAAGUCCAAGGGCGAGGAAUCACCUGUCAUUGAAUGGAAAAGAAAUGCUGAACUUGAUAAGACCGAAGAGGACGGAGCUACAAGUUGUGAGAGGCCUGUUGACUCCUUCGAGUUACCUAAAUUUCGUCCUGUGUCGUGGUGUUUUGUUGAUUCUAUGGCUUCCGAAGGUGUCACCCCUAUUAAAACUGAAGAUGAAGAUUUGUAUUCCAUAGAAAACGUAUGUUUGAAAGAUCUUUACAUCAUGCACACAUAUGUAAACUCCAUUCCAGAGAAGCCAAGGAAUGCGAGAGCAGAGAUCGUGUUAAAUCGACCAGUUGCACCAGAUUUGUUGAAGGACUAUGCGGAUAAACCAGAGAUUAACAAUGAAUGGAAUGAACUGAACCAGUUGGAUGGUAACAAAAUAAAGAACAAAAAUCUAAACUUCAUUCCAGUUGAGCAGAGCCGAGUGAAACUGGGUGUCAACUCACACUAUAUAAAUGCCAGCUUCAUUGAUGGUGUUAAAGAAAGAGAAUAUAUUGCCACCCCAACACCACUGAUAAACAUGUUUACAGACUUCUGGAGAAUGAUAUGGAUGUAUAAGUGCAAGGUUAUAGUGAUGUUGCUAGACCAAAAGGAAAUUCCGAGGAAUGCAGAGGAAUACUGGCCACAAUCGGAAUCACAAUAUGGAGACAUAACUGUUACAAUGGUAGAGAGCACUUUUUACCAUGAUGUCCUCAUCAGAACAUUCGAAAUAAAACAGGAAGACGAAAGGCGAUUGGUUCGUCAGUAUGCUAUUUUUGAUUUGGAUAAGGAAUGUACCGUCAAACAUUUCAAAAUCAUCCACUUAGUUGAGAUUGUGAGUCGGGAGAAUCCCUCAAGUCCAAUUGUUGUCCACUGCAGUGAUGGAUGUGGUAGAACGGGCGUGUUCAUCGCACUAUCUUACCUCUAUAAGUAUAAGUCUUCUACAUAUGAUGUGUUUGGAUACGUGGUGAAGAUGAGAAAGAGCAGACUAAUAAUGGUGACCAGUUUGGAACAAUACAUCUAUAUCUACAAAACUUUGAACAUCAUAAACGAAAAUAAGAAGAUCCAUCAAAGGGAUGAUGAAGAAGCGAAUGCAGAGGACACAGUUGUCACAGAAAACAAAAGGCCAAUUGGAAUGAAUCGGUUUAAGGACCAUAUUGUGGAUCUAUACCAACGUUGUUCAGGUCAAACAUACAACAAGUUUACCAAAGAAUGGAAUGAUCUGAUGAGAGUGACUCAGAUAUAUGCUUUCUCAAAUUCUGCCACAUUGAAGUGUAACAAAACGAAGAACAGAGAUGAAUUAAUUCUUCCAUACGAGCAUAGUCGAGUGAAGCUGCUCAGUGGCGAGUCAGACUAUAUAAAUGCCAGCUUCAUUGAUGGUACCAUAAAAAAACAAUACAUAGCCACCCAAGGACCGACAAGAGGUUGGGUUAAAGACUUCUGGAUGAUGAUUUGUGAAAACAAGUGCAGUCUCAUUGUGGAUAUGGCAGAAACCAAAUUGCAUGAUGAGGUGCCGUACUGUCCGUCUAAGAUACAAGUUAGAUCAGCAAAGACAUAUGGGGACAAUAUUACUGUCACAUUUUUAGGACUAACUGAGGAAACUAAUGCAUAUAUGAACGUCAGAAAAUACAGUGUAACAUGGCCUUCUAAGAAUGGCAAAGAGGUGAGAUUUGUUGAGCAACACAGUCUAAUACCCGAUUUGAAUAUUCAUCAUCCACAAAAUCAAAAUAUCAUCAACUUCGUUGCGCGCACGCAAGCCAAGUGGGCUGGAUUUAAAUGGAGUAUGCGGGAAAAGUGUGGUCCUCUUGUUGUGCUCUGCAGCGAUGGAAGUCAUGGGACUGGAGUGUACAUCGCACUAGACUACCUCCAACAGAUGGUUAAUCAGAAUUCGAUGGACCAAACAAUUGAUGUGUUUGGCUUCAUAUUGAAGAUGAGAAAUAAUCGAACACAAAUGGUGUCGAAUCUGAAUCAGUACACGUUUAUCCACGACAUGGUGAAGAUAAUGAUCGAAAAUAAGGAAAAAGAAACAUCUUCAAGCGGCGCUUCUGGUCAUUGAAGAUGAAAAUGGCUUAUACAAUGUUAGAAUGGAUCCGUAUAUCACAUGGGUUUUUUAAUUGGGUUAAGUAGACUUGUUUGAACGUGUAACCUGCGUAUGUGCUUGUGUAUGUGUGUAUGUGUUAUUUCACUGUUUACUUUUUAAAUUAUUUUUGUUGUUAAAAUGUAAUACAUUUACCACUUGUAAACUUAGGUAUGAUUUAAUAUGUAUUUAUAUGUAACUGGUUAUAUCAAUGUAAGAUACAACAAAGAUUAUGUAUACAAUCAUAAAAACGUUUAUUGUCUUGUUUACAAAGUUUUAGAAAGUGUUUGUUUUUUGUUGGGUUUUUUUGUUGGUUUAUUAAUAUUUUUUUUUUUUUUUUUUUU